AUGAACGUCUCUGGUCCAGUCACAUUUUUCAUCAUAGAAGGACUGCAGGAGAAGAAACUGCUCAUGUUUGGUGUUUUUCUCACCAUUUAUGUUGUGGUUUUAUGUGGCAAUAGUAUGAUUAUAUAUCUAGUGAGAACAGACCCUAAGCUUAAAUCUCCUAUGUAUUUCUUUCUUCAUAACCUCUCUUUCUCAGACAUGGUGUACACGUCAGUAACCAUGCCUAACAUGCUGUCAGGUUUACUAAAAGAGGAACACACCAUCUCCAAAACUGGCUGCAUUUUGCAGAUGUGCUUUUUCCUGUCUAUGGCUGUGACUGGUCGCUCUAUCCUGACAGUCAUGGCUUUUGACCGCUAUGUAGCCAUUUGUAACCCACUUCGCUACAUGACUAUUAUGACCAAGCAGGUGUGCAUCCUCCUGGUGGUGGCUGCAUGGAGCUUUGGGUUUGCGGCCGUCCUGCCAUCCGUCUCCCUGGCCGUCCAGCUACCCUUCUGCGGACCAAACAGGGUGAAGCACUGCUUCUGUGACCACUCGUCUGUGGUGAGGCUAGCCUGCACCGACACAAGAAUGAACAGCACUGUGUCUCUCACCAUCGCACUGUUUGUUCUCCUUGGCACAUUCUCUCUCAUCCUGGCCUCUUAUGUGUGCAUAGGCAAGGCAGUGCACUGCAUGGGCCGGGAAGAGAGGAUCAAAGCUUUCACCACGUGUGCUUCGCACCUAAUAUUGGUGUGCAUAUCGUAUGUGUCGGCCACGUGUGUGUACGUCUCGUACCGCGUGGCCACAUUCUCCCCCGACACACGCAUGACUAUAGCAGUGCUGUAUUCUGUUCUAACGCCUUUUCUCAACCCCAUCAUUUACAGCUUAAGGAACAAGGAGCUUAGGGAGGCCCUGAUGAGGAUCCUGGGUAAAUGUGUUGCCGUACCGAGCUCACACAGGAAAACAAUACCUUCUUUAUCUUGA